ACGAGGAGAACGUGGCCAAUUCUGGAGGUCCUUGUCAACGCCGAGACGCCUCUAUUGCCGUCAUGGUGUCGUGUUGAACUGUACCAGGACUCCCGUCCAAAGUCUUAACGAGAAUGAUAUGACAAUUGGCUUGAGGCAUUAAUUGUCAACCUCUCGGGACUCGUGGGUCCUGGUCAGACACGACCGUUUCAGUUUUGAUUGUUUCCUCCGCUUCCUCCUUCUCCCUCUUUCUCGCGCUCGAAAUUCCUUCCUCCCCGUGGGCGUGGGCGAACCCGAGCUUUCUCGGUUCUCACAUUCUGGUAGAGAAAGAGGGGAUGGAGCAAGAGUGAGGGAAUCGGCUACAACUUCAUCAUCAGGGAGAGAGUUUGAAUUGAUUUGAGCUUCAUUUCGCGGUUUGACUUGAUUUUCUGUUGCUUCGUUACGAUGGCUUCGAAUUCUGAUUUGGUACGUACCCUUGAAUCGAAGCUGGGUAUUUCGAUGGGUGAUUCAGUUUCGGAUUUGUUGCUGGUGAUCGUGACAACCUCGGUGGCUAUUGUACUUGGGCUUCUGGUAUUUGUGUGGAAGAAAUCGGGGGAUCGGAGUAAGGAGGUGAAGCCAGUGGCGGUGCCCAAGUCUUCGACGGUGAAGGAUGAAGAAGAUGAUGUUGACGUGGGCUUGGGGAAGGUUAAAGUUACAAUUUUCUUCGGUACUCAGACUGGUACCGCUGAGGGAUUCGCUAAGGCUUUGGCAGAGGAGAUCAAGGCAAGAUAUGAGAAAGCGGCUGUCAAAGUUGUUGACUUGGAUGACUAUGCAGAAGAUGCUAAUCAAUAUGAGGAAAAAUUGAAGAAAGAGACCCUUGCAUUUUUCAUGUUGGCCACUUAUGGAGAUGGAGAGCCAACCGACAAUGCUGCUAGAUUUUACAAAUGGUUAACCGAGGGAAAAGAUGAAGGAAGUGUCUGGCUUCAACAACUCACAUAUGGUGUUUUUGGCCUAGGUAACAGGCAAUAUGAACAUUUUAACAAGAUAGGUAAAGUCAUUGAUGAAAAACUUAGUGAACAAGGUGCAAAGCGUCUUGUUCCAGUUGGACUUGGUGAUGAUGAUCAAUCCAUUGAGGAUGAUUUUGCUGCAUGGAAGGAAUCUCUAUGGCCUGAGCUGGACAAAUUGCUGCGAGAUGAGGAUGAUAUGAAUUCUGUCUCUACUCCUUAUACAGCUGCAAUUCCUGAAUAUCGAUUGGUGAUUCAUGAUCCCAAUAUCACACAAUGCCAUGACAACUUAAAUCUAGCAAAUGUGAAUGGCGUGUUUGACCUUCACCAUCCUUGCAGUGUUAGGGUAGCCGUUCAAAGAGAGCUUCACAAACCUGAGUCUAAUCGCUCUUGCAUUCAUCUGGAGUUUGAUAUACCAGGGACUGCCAUAACAUAUGAAACUGGUGAUCAUGUGGGUGUUUAUGCUGAGAACUGCAAUGAAACAGUUGAAGAAGCUGGAAAGUUGUUGGGUCAGAAUUUAGAUUUGUUGUUUUCUCUUCAUGCUGAUAAUGAAGAUGGCACCGCACUAGGAGGUUCUCUGCCACCUCCUUUUCCUGGUCCUUGCAUGCUUCGUACUGCACUAGCACGCUAUGCUGAUCUCUUGAAUCCUCCUCGAAAGGCUGCUUUGGUUGCUUUGGCUGGUCAUGCUUCUGAACCUAGUGAGGCAGAAAGAUUAAAGUUUCUAUCAUCUCCUGAGGGAAAGGAUGAGUAUUCUAAAUGGGUGAUCGGAAGACAGAGAAGUCUCCUUGAGGUAAUGGCUGCGUUUCCGUCAGCAAAACCUCCCCUUGGUGUGUUCUUUGCUGCAAUAGCCCCUCGUUUACAGCCUCGCUAUUAUUCAAUUUCAUCCUCUCGUAGGUUUGCUCCACAAAGGGUACAUGUUACUUGCGCCUUGGUGUAUGGUCCAACUCCCACUGGCAGAAUUCACAAAGGAGUGUGUUCUACCUGGAUGAAGAAUGCUGUCCCCUUAGAGAAAAGCCGUGACUGUAGCUGGGCUCCAAUUUUUAUUAGGCCGUCAAAUUUUAAGUUACCUGCUGAUCGUUCAACUCCUAUUAUUAUGGUUGGACCUGGUACUGGUUUGGCACCUUUCAGAGGAUUCUUACAGGAAAGACUGGCCCUCAAAGAGGAUGGUGUUCAACUUGGGCCUGCAUUACUCUUCUUUGGAUGUAGGAAUCGCCGUAUGGAUUUUAUUUAUGAAGAUGAGCUGAUGAAUUUUGUGGAACAAGGUGCUCUGUCAGAGUUGAUUGUUGCAUUUUCUAGAGAGGGACCAGAAAAGGAGUACGUUCAACACAAGAUGAUGGAUAAGUCAGAAUAUUUGUGGAGGCUGAUGUCUCAGGGAGGUUAUCUUUAUGUCUGUGGUGAUGCUAAGGGUAUGGCUAGAGAUGUUCAUCGGACCCUUCAUACCAUUGUUCAGCAACAGGAAAAUGUGGACUCAUCAGAAGCUGAGGCUGUAGUGAAAAAACUCCAAAUGGAUGGACGAUACCUCAGAGAUGUCUGGUGAUCUUUCUGAUUGCUUACAAGUCAGGUUUAGUUGUUGUACCGUUGCUUUUCCAUGUGUGAAGCCCAAGAUCGGCUAGAGUGUAUUUUGAGGUCAAUUUCUGCGUCUGCCAAGUAUCAGGUUACUGAUGGUGGAGCCUGAAAUAGAUUCCAUGAGAAAAUGAAAUGAUUUUCUGAAUGUUUGUCCUUUUUUUUUUAAUUUCAAUAAUCUCUUUUAACGACUGUCUAGAUUUUUCUUUUGGACCUAGAUUAUUUAUCAGGGGCUGUUAUAGGGGAGGGAAUCUGAGAGAUCUCUAAACACAUCCAGGUCGCAGUGGGUUAGUUCAAAGGUCUUGUACUAUUAAAUGUGGGUAUUGGAGAUCAUUAUAAAUCGAUUGUCAAUACUAGUCUUGUAGUUGGUUCGACUCAAUCGUAUUUUUAUGUCAGUGUGUUUUAUACCUUGUAA